GGGGAAGUGACAUGCCACGUGUUGUCGGGUGAACACGGCGGCCCGGAUAUCCACGUGAAUGACUGCGGUGCAGAUCACGGUGCUGUACUUUGCGAAGAGCGCCGAGCUGGCAGAGACGAGGAGGGAGGUCCUCACUGUGCCGAGGCAGCUCACGUCCCAGCAGCUCUGGCUGGAGAUCGUGUCUCACCAUCCAAGCCUCCGAGUGAUUGAGCAGAACCUGGUCCUCGCCGUUGGGGAGCAGUACGUCUCCUUGGGUGACGAAGAGCUUCUUCUUGAGCCAGGCCAGGAGGUGGCUCUCGUGCCCCCGCUGAGCGGCGGCUAGCGGCAG